UUGCUGCAACCACCUCCUGAGACAUUGGAAUUAUUUGACGACAUAAUCCUUUUAUGCGAGGGGCAAAUUGUAUAUCAUGGUCCACGAGAAAAAGCUACCGAUUUCUUUGAAAUUAUGGGAUUCAAAUGCCCCAGCAGGAAGAAUGUAGCUGAUUUCCUUCAAGAGGUGACAUCGAAGAUGGAUCAAAAGCAAUACUGGAUUCGUGAUGAAAAUAAGUAUCAAUACCGGACAAUUGAAAAAUUUGCAGAAUCCUUCCGUUCAUCCUAUCUCCCUCAACUUGUAGAAGACAAUCACUGCAGGUCAAACAAUACAGGAAAAGGAAAGGAGAUUAAAACAAGUGCAAGUCGCAGGAUCUCCACAUGGAAUACUUUCAAAGCAUGCCUUUCAAGGGAAGUACUUCUUAUGAAAAGAAACUCUCCACUUCAUAUAUUCAAGAUUGUACAGAUAACUGUUCUUGCUUUGGUUAUCUCAACGGUUUACGUGCGCACAAAUAUGAACCAGAAAUCUGUACUUGAUGCCAAUAAGUACAUGGGAUCACUCUUUAUAGCUGUUGUGAUAGUGAACUUCAAUGGCAUGACUGAAAUUGCAAUGACAAUAAAGCGACUCCCCACUUUCUACAAGCAAAGAGAGUUACUAGGAUUGCCAGGAUGGGCACUUCUUUCUUCAGCUUACCUUAUCAGCCUCCCAAUAUCACUUUUAGAGACAGGUCUUUGGACCAGCUUAACCUACUAUGUGAUUGGCUACGCACCUUCUUUUCUCAGAUUCAUCCAGCAUUUUCUGGUACUUUUUGCCAUGCAUCAAAUGUCUAUGGGCCUCUAUCGUUUCUUAGCAGCGAUAGGAAGAACACAAGUAAUGGCCAACAUGCUAGGCACUGCAGCUCUUAUAGCAAUCUACAUAUUUGGAGGCUUCGUCAUAUCAAAAGAUAGUCUCCAACCAUGGCUGCGCUGGGCAAAUUGGACGUCCCCAUUCACCUACGCACAGAAUGCAAUUGCCCUAAAUGAGUUCCUUGACGAAAGAUGGGCUAUUGAAUUCUAUUACGCAAAUGCCAAUACAGUUGGUGAAGCUAUACUCAAGAUCAGGGGGAUGCUCACAGAGUGGCACUGGUACUGGAUUUGUGUCAGCAUUUUAUUUGGAUUCUCACUGGUCUUCAACAUCCUCACUAUAUUUGCCCUGGAGUUCAUGAACUCUCCACACAAGCAUCAAGUUAACAUUGAUGCCGUGAAGAAAAAUACAGAGUGCAAAAACCAGAAAGUUGGAGCGGGCAAUGCAUCGGCUGGUCAAGUUAUCCUCCCAUUUCAGCCUCUUUCCCUUGUAUUUGAUCAUAUCAACUAUUUUGUCGACAUGCCAAAGGAGAUGAUGAAGUAUGGAGUAACAGAGAAAAAGCUUCAGCUGCUACAAGACGUCAGUGGUGUUUUCAGGCCAGGGGUGCUAACAGCUCUGAUGGGGAUCACAGGUGCAGGAAAGACAACAUUGCUCGAUGUUUUGGCUGGAAGGAAAACUGGAGGAUAUAUUGAAGGUACUAUUAGAAUAGCAGGAUACCCAAAGAAGCAGGAGACAUUCUCAAGGAUCUCUGGCUACUGUGAACAGAGUGACAUCCUCCCUAACCUCACUGUGCUUGAGUCACUGCAGUUUUCUGCAUGGCUCCGCCUGCCUUCAAACGUUAAAUCUCGCCAAAGAGAUAUGUUUAUAGACGAAGUCAUGGACCUAGUCGAAUUAACUGGAUUGAAGAAUUCCAUGGUGGGCCUGGCAGGAGCAACUGGCCUGUCAGCAGAUCAGCGAAAAAGGCUAACAAUUGCUGUGGAGCUGGUAGCUAGUCCUUCCAUUAUAUUUAUGGAUGAACCAACCACUGGCUUGGAUGCCCGUGCUGCAGCAAUUGUCAUGAGAACAGUAAGAAAGACAGUUGACACUGGACGAACUGUUGUCUGCACAAUUCAUCAGCCAAGCAUUGGGAUAUUUGAAUCUUUUGAUGAGCUUCUGCUUAUGAAAAGAGGCGGUCAGAUCAUUUACAGUGGUUCAUUAGGUCCACUAUCCAGCAACAUGAUCAAAUAUUUCAAGGCUAUACCUGGUGUUCCUGGAAUAAAACAGGGACAAAACCCAGCAGCAUGGAUGUUGGACAUCAGUUCGCACACAACAGAAUAUGAGAUUGGAGUGGACUACGCAGAAAUUUAUAAGAGCUCCUCAUUAUACAGGGAGAACAUGCUUCUAAUUGAUGAGAUGGGGCAACCAGCGUCAAAUACAGAGGAUUUACAUUUUCCACCUGGAUACUGGCAAAACCUAAGGGUGCAGUGUAUGGCUUGCCUGUGGAAACAAAGAUGUGCAUACUGGAAAAAUUCAGAACACAAUGUUGUCCGGUUCCUGAACACAUUUGCUGUAUCAAUUAUGUUUGGAAUUGUAUUCUGGAAAAUUGGCUCAACCAUAAAACAAGAACAAGAUUUAUUCAACAUACUAGGAAUCGUAUAUGGAUCAGCACUGUUUCUGGGCUUCAUGAACUGCAGCAUCUUACAGCCAGUUGUGGCAACAGAGAGAGUUGUUCUCUACCGAGAAAAGGCAGCAGGCAUGUAUUCUACCUUGCCCUACGCCAUAGCUCAGGUAGCAAUUGAAUUUCCUUACAUGCUUGUCCAAGUGGCCAUCUUUGCGUCAAUCGUAUACCCAAUGAUUGGGUUCCAGAUGACCGCUGGCAAGUUCUUUUGGUUUGUCCUUUACAUGGUGCUAAGCUUCAUGUACUACACACUCUACGGGAUGAUGACAGUGGCACUAACACCUAACAUUGAGAUAGCUGCUGGAUUGUCCUUCGUUAUCUUCAUCUUUUGGAACCUCUUCUCCGGCUUCAUCAUUGGAAGAGAGCUGAUCCCAAUAUGGUGGAGGUGGGUGUACUGGGCUAACCCAGCAGCGUGGACGGUGUACGGGCUCAUGUUCUCUCAGCUGGGUGACCGGACAGAACUGAUCCGUGUGCCAGGGCAACCAGACCAGACGGUGCGGCAGUUUCUCGAGGGAUACCUUGGCCUCGAGGACCGCUACUUCAACCUUGUCACCUGCCUACACCUGGCCAUCAUCGCCCUCUUCGCCUUCCUCUUCUUCAUCUCCAUCAAGUACCUCAAGUUCCAGCGGAGGUAGCACAGACAGAUUGAACUGCGAACUGCAGAUACACUAAUCAGAAAAUCAACUUAAGUGUAUAAAGCUAAGGGAAGGUAAACACCUAUAAAUAAGCAGAAGACCACAAGGAUUUUGCUUCUGCAAGAUAAAAAUGAUAAAGUAAUAUCAUGAUUUGUGUGAGCAUUUGUAUAUGUAUUGCUAGUAGAGCCUUACAGAAUUGUUGUUAUAGCUAGGUCGAUGAACAAAUCAAAUUGCAAAGUGUACAUGUGAGUAGGAAAUGUAAAGCAUAUCAAAGUUCAUUCAGGUGGGCAUGUAUGUAUCAUCUUGCAGUGUAAAUCGCAAUGGUAAUGCAGCAUAUCAUAUUCAAGUA